AUGCGAUUAUCUUUCCUCGAAGAUUUUAUUCACAAACGAAAAAUUUUUGACCUUGAGGGUCAAUCUACAUUUUCUCCACAAACCCUAGCUACGUGUCAAGCACGGACUGGAUACGGAGGAAAUUAUUACUGUGCGUAA